AUGCUGGUUCUUUCAGGUUUCCUACCUCACGAUCCUUUUCACCAGCUUACCAUAGCUCUGUGCGUAAUUGCAUUGUUUCUUGCAGCCGUCUUUGUACUGGCGUUGAGACCAAAGGCAAAGGAUCAGUCGCCAGGCACGGUCGAGGCCUAUCUCAGGUUCAUCUAUGGGUGUUUCUUGAAGCCUCAUACUGGCGACGGAUCUGGAAGUCAGCAAGAUGCUUUGGAGAGCUUCUACAAGGCACAAGCAGACGUUUACGAUGCGACUCGACUCAGGCUCCUACGUGGCCGCGAGGAUAUGCUGGGUCUUGUAUCUGCGCAGCUGAAGCACCGCGUCGAGGCCGGGCUGAUCUCUCAACGUCCAGUCUGGGUUGAUAUCGGUGGAGGGACUGGUCACAAUGUGGAGCAGAUGGACGCCUACCUAUCAGUCCCAGAUUUCUUCCGCGCAGUCUAUGUCGUGGACCUCUCCCCAAGUCUUUGCGAAAUGGCUCGCAAGCGAUUCACUCGUCUUGGAUGGAAAAACGUCAAGGUCGUCUGCCAAGAUGCCCGCGCCUUUCGCCUUCACGAACACGAGCCAGAAGCAUUCGAACGCAAGCAGAUUGUUUCCAUGGGCCAAACAGUACUUGACCUGGAUGAGAAUGCAGAUGCUGGUGGUGCCGAGCUGGUCACCAUGAGCUAUGCGCUGUCCAUGAUUCCAGAGUUCUACUCUGCGAUUGAUUCACUGGAUAGUCUCAUGAGCCCGAAUGGCGUCAUUGGCGUGGUAGACUUUUAUGUCCAGAACCAGGUCGACUUCAUGGGCAGAAACUAUAUGGGCGGCGCCAUCGAUCGUCACUGCAUGUGGAUCUCUAGGGUCUUCUGGCGAACGUGGUUCGAGAUUGACCGCGUCAAUCUUGAACCUGCACGUCGGGAUUAUCUGGAAUACCGCUUUGGCACCAUUCUUGGUAUCAACGCUCGGAACAACUUCUUCGGCAGUGGCAUAAAGCUUCCUUAUUACAUCUGGGUAGGCUGUUCGAAAAAUCACGGCGCAUCCACACAAAAGCUUGCCGAAAUCGAUGCAGCUGCCACUGAAUCCCCGUACCUAUCCGCUCUCGAUCUCCAAACAGGUGCGAGUCAGACUGAUGUCGAGUUGCAUUCGAAGGCAUACGAAUCUGCCAUUGUGAACCUCCAGUCUAGCCUACCGCUACCUGCGACAUGGUACCAGAAUCACCACUGGCGCAUACACUACGACUCUUCCUUGCCUAAACAUACCCGGUUCAACAACUCGUACAUCUAUGCAUUUACAUGGGAGGACGAUGUAGCCGAUAUGCGGAUAUUGAAACCCACGGCCAGCGAUGUCGUUUUGGCCAUUGGUUCUGCAGGCGACAAUAUUCUAGCCUUUUGUCUCGAAAACUGCCGUCGCGUACAUGCCGUCGAUCUCAACCCCUCGCAAAACCAUCUGCUUGAACUCAAAGUUGCAGCCUUCACGGCACUCGGCUACCAAGACGUCUGGAAGCUGUUUGGCGAAGGCAAGCAUGCCGACUUCCACAAUAUCCUCAUCCAGAAACUCAGUCCCCAUCUUUCCAGUGAGGCGUUUCAGUUCUGGCUGCACAAUGGGCCUUCGGUCUUUGCCUCACCAUCCUCAAAGGGUCUGUAUUACUCUGGUGGUUCAGGCAAUGCGCUCUCCGCAGCUGUUUGGCUCUUCCGUCUCCUAGGCAUGUCUGCCGACGUCAAGAAGCUAUGUGCUGCACAAACGUUGAAUGAACAGCGCGAGAUUUGGCAGCGCAGCAUAAAGACUGUGCUUCACUCCAAGAUCCUCACCUGGGCCAUUCUCGGCAACGAAAAGUGGCUGUGGAAAGCGCUCGGCGUCCCGCCCGCCCAACGCGCCGUCAUCGAAGUCGACUUCAAGAAACAAGAAGACUAUGACGAAGUCAAGUCUACCACACCGAAAAAGGACGCGGGUGAGGACUACAUGGCGUUCCAUGAAGAGCCUAGCGACGAUGCGCUGAAGACCAAUUCUGGAAAUGCAAUCUACGAGUACGUGCUCAACACGUUUGAGCCGGUCAUCAACUCUACGCUCCUCUCCACUUCAAAUCACUACUACCUCCUCUCUCUCCUCGGACAUUACACACCGACAUCACAUCCCACAUAUCUAUCUCCGAAAUCACACAUCAAGCUCAGCAAACCAAAUGCGUUUAACGGGCUACGCAUCCAUACCGAUGAGAUCAGCGAGGUCAUUGCAAGAAUGCGCCCCGGCACACUGACCAUCGUAGUUGUAAUGGACAGCAUGGACUGGUUCCCUCCCACAGGAACCCAAGCACUCAAACAGAUCCGCGCGCUGAACCGCGCGUUGAAGAUCAAGGGACGCGUCAUGCUGCGGAGUGCGGGUGUAGAGCCAUGGUACAUCAAGGUGUUUGGCGAGAAUGGGUUUGCCGUCAAGAGGGUCGCCGUCAGAGUACCGGGAAGUUGUAUCGACAGAGUCAAUAUGUAUGCGUCAACUUGGGUGUGUACGAAAGAGGUGGGUAUUGCGUACGAAGAGGGGAAGUCGCAUCGUAGGAAGUCGAGUCUGGCGGAGUUGGAGCUGGAGGCUCCGGCUAUGCGGAUCGAUUAG